GAAAUCAUAACACGUCUAAACAAUGUUUGUUAUAUUAUGGGUACUUUUACCAGAAAAUCACCCCAGUGGGUCCCCCAAUCAGUACGAUUUGCAUGCUUAAAGAUGCUGGGGGACUCCAGCGUUCAUGAGAUGUUGCCUGAAAGGCAAAACGAAGGGUUUUAUAUUCAUCCACUUCAUUAUGUCACUCGCUACGGAAGUGAAAGGUUAUAGCAUACAUGCUGGUUAAUUUUGACUUUGAAUGCCUGAAUUUAAUGACAAUAUUCUAUUUGUGACAGAGAUGCAAAGUUUGAAUCGCUAUAAUCUGUAGGCGGCUAUCUAUAAAUCCAGUUAGCAAAGUUAAUCUGGGCCUGUCCGUCCUUUCAAGUGCCUGUUUCUCCAUCCACGUGAAUACUUGGUUAGCAAACUGAACUUAGCUACUGAUAGCUCACUACUGUGUAGUGAUAAGUUAUACAAAAGGAAAGUCGUAUGAAAUGUCUGAAUGGGGCGUCUUGCAAGAGGAAAUCAUUUGAGCCUGAGUUGACACAGGUCCCACUACAACCUCCAGACUGAAAUUCUGUGGAUGUGAUCCACACUGUUUAUGAUGUGAUCUAAGCUGGCUGAGCCUACCCUGUUGGUUUGACAUUGAGGUGGACAGUGGACACUGUGUUGGUACAAUGAAAACCCCAGUGCAUACUUAAUUUUAGCUGAAGUCUGUGGUAAUGCAUCGGCUCAGGUGUGCGAGUUCCUUUCUACGGAGGCACCUUCAUGGUGGGACAGUGAACCGAGACCAGGUUCUGGAGCAACUGCAGGUUUGCUCUGCUGAAGACCAGGUGUUUGAUGUGGUGGGCAAAAACAAGGCCAAGCUCACAGUGAACCAUGUAGGCUGUGCUGUAGUUAUGCUGUGGCAGUUUCAGAAAGAGAAACCACAAAUACUCCGGACUGUUGAGCACACCAAGAGCCACCCGCAGUUCUUGACUCUCCGGGUUUUAGCGGAGAACAAAAUCGCUCUGAUGGAUGAUUGUAUGUUGGUGGACACGCUAUACACUUUCCUCAGGUUCAAUGUGGAACCACAUGACUCUCUUGUUCAGCAGUUGGUUUCAGAAACAUGGCUCAGAUUAGACAGAAUUCCGAUGACAUCCCUGUCCAAGUUUGCCGUCUGUCUAAGUGAUCAGCAGCUUCAGCACAGUCCUCUAAUGGGCCACAUCACCAGUAUUGUGGAUCAGAGGUUGUCGUCUAUUGAUGAUCCCAGGGUCCUAAGUGUACUGAUGGUAAGCACGGCGUCUCUGGUGUCUCCUCGACUUCGGGAUGCCCUCAUUGACAGGGUAGACCAUCUCCUGGACACCAUGGAUCCCUCAAACCACAGCAACCCGCGGAGAGUGGUGCAGUUCCUACGUCACAUCAAAUACUGUUACCGGCCUCUGCUGGAGAAGUGCAACAAGCUCCUCUUGGCCAACAUUCCCAGGAUGGACGCAGAAACUAUUAGCAUCAUCAUGGGGCUGUAUCAGUCCCUGCAGUUCAACAGCUGUGACUUCAGGCUGGCUGCUAAACAAAGACUAACAGAACUGGUUGAUUCAAGCACUGAUCCUUUCUCCUUCACUAAACUGUUUGUCACUCUGGCUCCAAUGGCCAGUCAGGAGAUCAGAGAACGGUUGGAGAACACAGCCCUCCUGUUGGCAGAUGAGCUCAGUCCACAGCAGACCAUGGCUGUAGCAGAAGCUCUAGAGGAGAUCCAAAGCAGGAAUCUUGGUUUACUGAACAAAAUUGUAUCGAUAAUCCAAAGGAACCUUCAAGACUACAAGCCAGUGGAAUUGGCCAGAAUCACACAAGCUCUGUUUCUGCUGCAAUACCAGAACCCCAAACUCUUCACAAAACUUAGAAACAUUCUGGUCAAUUUUUUGCACCGCAGCGUCUUCCCCACUGAGGUGACCAUGUUGACUCGUAUUCUGUCCAUGCUGCCCUGCUCACGGCUCGACAAUGGCGUGAUCUCACGGGUAGAUGCAGUGGUGACCCAAUGCAACCUCAAUGACCUCAACACCAUUUCUUUUGCCAUCGCCAAGUGGGUGCGUACUGAUCUCUCCUACCACCACAACACUCCCACUAAAUACGUCCGUCUGCUGCAAACCCUGAACGCCUGCGGGCACCAGAGGCUGCGAACCGCUGACAGGCUGGACUUGGUGCUGGAGGAGCUCAAGUACAUUUCGGGAGAGUGGUUUGAGGAGAUGCUUGUCGGAGAGACGAUGGUCACCCUGCAGCGGAUGAUGGACCAAAUAAAUUGGACCAAUGUGCCUGAGUUGGCCCUCUUCUUAGCCAAGAUAAAUCACCUCUGCCCUCCCUUGAUGGACCGUAUUGCCAGUGUGGCCAUUAAAGACGUUGACAAGAUUCACUACUCGGCAACGUAUGCCACCCUGCUACCCUUCUCCGUCCUGAAUUAUGAUAAUCCACAAGCAGACGAGUUGUAUGAUGUUUAUAUUCGGCACUUCACUCCACACAUGAGCUCCUUUGACCCACAUCUGCUAGUUCUCCUGGCGUACUCUUUGGCUUUGGCUGACUGUUUCCCUGAAGAACUAGUCCGAGAAAUCUUCAGUUUAGACUUUCUGGGAAAGCUGGACGUCCAACUAGAAACCCUACCCGAUACCCUCAAUAUGCGCACCAGACUCCGCCUCAUGGAGCUCAAUCGCGCUGUGUGUCUUGAGUGUCCAGAGUUCCAGGUGCCGUGGUUUCAUGAGCGCUACUGCCAGCAGAUGCAAAAGAAAGGGACUGGCUUUGUCACUCCUGCACAACAGCAAAUCCACAAAAUGUUGGGUGAAGUUCUUGAUGGCAUAAACCGUGUUCGACUAGCAGUUGUCACUCCAUAUUUUUACACCAUAGACUUCGAAUGUAUACUCGACAAGAACCUGCAGCCGUUGACCUACAUCGAGCCAAACACACUGCAGAUGUCAGAGCAAGGAAAGGUCCACUGGGGGACAAGCUCACUGGAAAACAUCAGGGAUGAGCUGCCACCUGGAGCUCAGAGAGUGGCUGUGGACUUUCUUGAUUCAAAGUCCUUCUGCAAGAAUUCUCGCAACAUGAAAGGCAAAGCCCUCAUGAGAAAAAGACACCUCGAAAUCCUGGGAUACCGUGUGGUUCAGAUCCCUCACUUUGAAUGGAACUCCAUGGAGCUCUCAUCACAGGAUGCCUGGAAGAAAUAUCUUAAGAAGAAAAUAUUUGAAUAGCUUUCUUCUUGAAGAAUUUAUUUAUUGAAUAAUGAAAAUAAUGUUACAUCCAGCACCGAGCUUUGAGUUUUUUCAGGCUGAAGUAGUUGAACAUAGGUUUAAAAAUUGUUAAUAUUCACCAAGUGCUCCUUAUUUUUAGUUUCUAAGCAUAAAGUUGGCAUGAAUGUACACCAUUCAUGUUAAGUGAGAUUGUGUAUCAUGUGCUUUUGUAUUAAAAUUUAUAUUUUCAAGAAAA